CAGGACGCCCUAUAGGGUGUAGCAUUGGGGGCCACCGUAACACCAAUCAACAUGCUCUAAAACCUCUGCCACAAGGGGAUGCUGGUCUGCCAACCUUCCGACGAGUUCUGUGGAAUUUUCCAAUCGGGCAUCUUCUGAAGAUAAGCACUCCUCUUUGUUCAGCACCAUGGACGGAGCCAUCCGAGCUGCCUUGCCAAUCCUCGCUGCUUUGCUUUCCGUUCACACCAGGACUUCCGAACAGUACCAGGCCGAGAAUAACAACAGAACAAACUACAUCAAAUACAUGCCAACCCUACCGCCCUUUCCGGGAGCUAAUCGCACCAUGGGUUACAACCCGACCAUGGGGCCGUCCUCACUGCAGAACAAUAUCGAGGAGCCAAUGUUUUUCCUCCCGGAAGGCUACUUUUACUGGCUGAGACCUAACUGGGAAGGUCCUGCAGUUGAAGUGGUGUGCAGUAUUUACAUCGACAGUUUAGGGGCCUUCUCUGAGAAAACAAUGGACUUUGACCUGAGCCUUAUCCUGGGGUGCCAGUGGAGAGACGAACGGCUGGCGAACAUCACGUCAGAACACGUGUCGCUGCCAGAGGGGAUGGAGAUUUGGAAGCCUGCGAUAGACGUCGUCUCAAAAGACAGCACAGACUACCCCUCUGUUCUUAGCGUGUCACCUGAAGGGAAUGUGCUUAUGAUGCAAUGGUUCACGAUAAAAGCCACAUGCUUGAUGCAGCUUCACGCCUACCCAUUGGAUCAUCAAAAAUGCAGCCUGCUCAUUCAAAAUCGCGGAGGAGUGAAGAUAGUGUGGGGCUGGGAGACCUUCUGGUUUCCCGGGGACACGCCCGUGGUAACGCGUACAUCCGGCUUACACUCACAACUGUCCCUGGAAACGGUAGAAUCCUUCGCCUACGUCAAUUCAUUACUCUAUCCCGAACUGAUCUGUGUGUACCAGGGGGUCACCUGUGAUUACAGGGAGUCAGAAAAUUGUCUCCGGGCGCAGUGUACCAGUGUAGAAAAGAUUACCACGGAACAGUGUCGGACGUGUAACUAUUUCAGCGGGAAGUGCAAGAACGGCACAGACGAGCUGGCUGUCAGAAAACCUGAAGAUUGUGUCUUUGGUCUGCUCAUGGCGUCUGAUGGUGACCUGGUGUUCACCACGGCAGAGCUGAGGUUCACCCUGAGGCGGCGUCUGUCGUACCACAUGCUGCAGAUCUACAUCCCGUCCAUCAGUAUCGUCGCCAUGUCCUGGGUGUCCUUCUGGAUCAGCAUCGAGUCUUCCCCGGCCAGAACCGCGCUGGGAGUCACCACAGUUCUCACCAUGAUCACACAGAGCGGCAGACCUAUUCCAAUGCCCGAGGUGUCAUAUGUGCGUGCUGUAGACGUGUGGUUAUUAGUGUGCCAACUCUUCGUGUUCUUGGCCCUGAUAGAAUACGCUGCCGUCAACUACAUAUCAAGAACACUGAAAGAAGCCAAAGCCUUAAAACGCUACAUCAGACCAUCGUCGAAGAAAAGGAACUCCAAUUCCAACGCCAAUUCGCUUCCCACGAACUCGAACUCACAUGCGGAGAACAGUGCAGAGGACACAGUCGUCACCACCGCGAGCGGAAGCAACACGGCAGAAAACAUCGAUCACAUCUGUAGAUGGGGAUUCCCUAUAGCAUUUUUGUUGUUCAAUAUCAUGUACUGGCUGACAUACAACUAUAUCGUGCAGACAUGAACUUUUUUUACCGGGAAAACCAGAAGAAACGCAACAAUGAAUUUUGACACAUGAAGACACUUGCGUGGGUACUGUUGAAAUUGAAACGGAGUGUGUAGAUCCUGCACAGGAAAUGACUAUAUUUCAUUUUUACUUAUCUUACGAGUACAAGAACGUUCGACAAUCAGAUUGCAGCAACAGUUGUCUGGUGCAGUCGACUUUGUGACACGCACAAAGCGAAGACGUCUUCUGGAAGGAAACGUCUGGAGAGGCGAUAUCUGUUUGCAGACAUUUGUCAUGUUGUUGCGGCGACAACCUGAGUCGGGGAACGAUGCAAGAAAACUUCUCCAUGAAAUAUGUAGUUCCACAAUCUCCUCAAAAACUAUUCAUGUAGACGGACUCUC